ACGACCCUGACAAACACGUGGGCCCGAGAUUAUAUCCAGGUUGUCUUACCGCCUAGGAGGGUGCAAGGGACCACUACAUUAUUUAGACUCAAUUUCUUUUUUAUCCCGGCACCAUUCUCCUCACGGCAACGCGCAGAAUGAAGCUCAUCACCCACAACAUGCUGACCAGUAAGGUGCUCAAGAACGUGAAGGAGGGCUACCCACUCAAGAUACAGGCCGAGGAAAUGAGGACGGUGGACAUUGACUACGACCGCGAGUUUAUCACAAGGAUGAUGCCCAAGCUGGACUGGAAGGCGCUGGUGUUUGCGGCGCAGUGUGUUGGCCACAAAGAGGACCUUCCAGACACUCUCCCGGAUGGCUAUGACAAUGACAAUGACCUGCUGAAGCGUCUCCACCACGUGCUGCUAGAGGUUGAGGUUGUCAGUGGGUGCCUGGAAUGCCCAGAGACGCAGCGGAAGUUCCCCAUCACGAACGGCAUACCCAACAUGCUGCUAAAUGAGGACGAGGUGUAGCCAGACCUUCUCAGCCCCUUCCCUGGGCACUACUAAUGGGGUUUAAUUCUGUAUAUCUUAGUUCUAGGGAUUCUAAAUGUUCUCCUCUUCCUUCCCUGGACACUCAACCCCCCUGAGAGCCUACUAAUGGGGCUUAAUUCUGUAUAUCUUAGUUCUAGGGAUUCUAAAUGUUCUCCUCUUGCCUCCCUGGACACCUGAUACCUCUGAGACCCUCCUAAUGGGGCUUAAUUCUGUAUAUCUUAGUUCUUGUAAUUCCAAAUGUUCUCCUCUUCCCUCCCUGGACACCUGAUACCCCUGAGACCCUCCUAAUGGGGCUUAAUUCUGUAUAUCUUAGUUCUUGUAAUUCCAAAUG